UCUCUCCACCCUACGUUCUACUCACCACUCUCUUUCUUAAUCAAAAAUUUAUCCAUCUCUCCCGUUAUCGCCGCCCUAAGCUCUUCAAUUCCUCCCUCAACCAUAACAUCACGCCCAGUUUGUUUUCGUUCUGAUCGAUCGAGCUUGCAUGAAACUCUGGCGACAAAAUCAAUUUUGUUGUCAUAAUUAGUGUAUCGUUUCAUUAGGCUGGAUCUCUUCCAACUUCUUCUUCCUUAGCCGCACAGUUAUAAAAACCAGAACAGCAUGUAACGUCGAUCUAUCUCAGCUUUCUAGCUUUUUCUUCCAAAAAAAGAAAAAAAAAAUAGUUUAUUUUCUCUAUCUUUCAUCUUCUAUGUCCGGUUUAGAAUUCUAGUUCGUUAUCUUCGGUGUUAGCGGUGUGGCUGUAACGGAGACGAUCCUGUAGCGGCGCCUUUAGAAAAACCGGAAAAUCAUGUAACACUGUCCAAAUCAGUUAGUUGCAGCUUCGUUUUUCCAAAAAAUAAAAAUAAAAAAAAUAAAAAAAAAAAGAUAGUUUGUUUGUACUGCUUUUACUGACUUUGAUUGAAGGAAGAGAGAAAUGCCGGAGCCUGAAACUGGAACUCCGACGGCGUCGGCGCCGGCGACUCCCGGCACGCCCACUCCGCUUUUCACGUCCCUCCACGUGGACUCCAUGUCGUAUGAUCGCAAGUCAAUGCCCCGAUGCAAGUGCUUCCCUUUGGACGCUCCCACGUGGGGAGCACCUCACACGUGUCUCACCGAUUUUCCCGCGCCGGACAUUUCGCUCACCCGAAAGGUUGGGGCAGAAUUCGUUGGGACGUUUAUAUUGAUAUUUGCUGCAACAGCUGGACCCAUUGUGAACCAAAAGUACAAUGGUGCGGAGUCGUUGAUUGGGAAUGCGGCUUGUGCUGGACUAGCGGUUAUGAUCAUCAUUUUAUCGACUGGCCACAUCUCUGGAGCUCAUCUUAAUCCUUCGCUUACCAUCGCAUUUGCCGCCCUUCGUCACUUUCCUUGGGCGCAAGUACCGGCUUAUAUUGCAGCUCAGGUUUCAGCAUCCAUAUGUGCUUCCUUUGCUCUUAAAGGCGUUUUCCACCCCUUCUUGUCUGGCGGUGUCACCGUUCCAUCAGUUAGCACUGGACAAGCUUUUGCCCUUGAGUUCCUCAUUACCUUUAAUCUCCUCUUCGUUGUCACCGCUGUUGCUACUGAUACACGCGCAGUGGGAGAAUUGGCCGGCAUAGCAGUUGGAGCUACAGUUAUGCUAAACAUCCUUGUGGCUGGGCCAUCAAGCGGUGGUUCCAUGAAUCCAGUACGCACUCUAGGGCCAGCAGUUGCAGCAGGAAAUUACAAGUCAAUUUGGAUAUAUUUAGUGGCACCCACUCUUGGUGCCGUUGCAGGAGCAGCUAUUUAUACGGUGGUAAAGCUGCGAGAAGAAGUUGAACCAACAAGUCGACCCAGGAGCUUCCGUCGCUAGCUAGCUAGGGCCUAGAAGCCUUUGCAAAUGGUUCCUUGUCUAUAUGCAUAUCAAUUGAAUAAAGCUAAGCAAACUUGAAACAUGUGAGUUCAAGUACCAGUGUGUUUUGUGUUUGUGGUGUUGUUUUGUUGAUAAGUACAACAAUGUUAUAUACACAUUGUUGGGUGUUCAAACAUUACAUUUUGAUUUCUUGUUGUGUGUUUGAAUAAUGAAGUGGGGUUAGAGUGUGUCAUACGCUCCCUGCAUGAUAGCUUCCCUUGUGAAAUACAGUCUUGUAAUCUUUAAAGAAACAUUUGUAAUUUUGUAAUAUAUAUACUAGUAUUUGUGUGUAUAAUUA